ACAGGAAAGAAGAUAAGCCGCGGAAGAGAUUUAGUCCCUUACGCACAAGUGCAUUGCCUGGGUGCUUGAAUACAGUCCACUUCCUAGCCUAGUUCCAUCCAUAAGAAGACUCCUCUCUUCCUGAAGGAGUGGAAAGGGGGGUGGAAGAAAGAAAUGAAAUUCACAUAUUCCAAAAACGAGAUUCGGUGAUCUCCACAAUCCCCAGGGAGAUGGAGCUUCAAAUUUGCUGGAGCAAUUCUGCGUUGUGAGACAAAAACCACGCCAAAUUUCGUUCAUGUUGGUACUCUCAGAGAGGAAUACGAAGAGAUAGAAUUUUGCUGCGGGAAGGUGUUGAAGAAAGUGAUCCAAAGAUGGCGAAGACAGAAAAAGAAAGUUUACACGAGGAGUUGAAGAGAAGAAGCAAAGCCAUCCAAAAGGAGAACAGCACGUUCUACUGUCUUCCAUUCCACUCAUACACAGAUCGACACCUGUUGGGGGAAAAUAAGCAAGACGAAGAAUGCAUGAAUAUCCUCUUUCUCGGGUUGACUGGAUCAGGGAAAUCCAUGAUGGUGGAGGUAAUGGGGAAUUACGGACUGGGAGUGGAUUUUGAAGAUCAUUACCGAUUCCAGUUGAAGGAGGACGGGCCCACAACGAGGAUCACCUCCCAUACUUUUUUCACCAGGAACUUCGGAAGAUUCCGUCGUCCCGUGACUCUCAUUGAUACACCAGGCUUUCAAAAGGGGACGCCCCAGCAGGACCAGGAAUUGACGAAAGACAUCCAAGAAUACAUAAAAUUGAAUCACCCAGAAGGCAUCCAUGCCAUUGCCUACAUCAUCCCAGGCUCUCAGCUCAUAAGCUUUUGGUCUGGUGGUGAUUCGGCGGUCUUCUUGAAGGAGGUCGGCGACUUGCUGGACUUUUUACUGGUGAUGAAGGAGAAACUGGUCGCCCACUACGUGGCUCAUCUUCAAGGUCCGUCUUCCCCUCCAGGAAGAGCUUUGACAACUUCCGGAUCGUCUAGUCAGCUGUACAAUGGGAAACUGACGGCAGAGCAGAAGAUGGUAAUGGGGAACAUGGCCGACGUCUUGGGAGAGAAGGCCCAUAAGAUUUCCUAUUUGUUUUGUACAUUCGCGGACAGCAAGAGCCUCCCAGUUCUAGGAUCCGUGAGUGAGGCCGGACUGAGAUACAAAAAGCAUUUCGCUAUCAACUCCUCCUCCUACUUCGCCGAGGAGGAGGAAGAAACUCAUUCCACCGACGAGGAUGAGGAAAUAACAAAAAAGGGGAAAAUUGUAUGCAUCAACGAAUUGCUAUGGAAGAUGACGACAGACAGCAUUCGAGAAUUCCUUGAGGAUAUUCAGAAUAAUGCACCAAUACUGAUCAUAGUUCCACGUGAGCGAUACACUCUGGGACCAUUAUUGGAGGACAUGCCAUAUUUUCUGGAAAUGGAUUUUGAGAAAAUCGGCUCAGAGGUCACGUGUGCUGCCUUUGAAGGAGUUAUGUGCCACCUUCUGCGUUGCUGCAGGCCUCUUAAGGCGCCCUUUGAGAUCGCCUACCGAUGUUGCAUUCGUACAUCGUGCCUGUUUCAGCGUCUCCCGCUUGUGUGGUAUCUUCUGUGGCCUUUUGGCAUUGUCUACCGAUAUUGCAUUCGUGUCCCGUUCCUGUUCAUGGGUCGAACGUUCAUGAGAGAGUCAAUGAAGGGGGACACAGAAAAAGAAAGAUUACACGAGAAGUUGAAAGAUGGUGGCACCAUUGUCCAGGGAGAGGACUUCCCGACCUACCUCCUUCCAUUUAAGCACAUCACGGAACAGCAACACCAUUUUGGCGAAGAACAACUUGGAGAAGAAUGCGUGAACAUCCUACUGCUCGGGAAAUCAAUGUUACUGGAGGUGGUGGGAAAUUAUGGCCUUGGAGUUGAUUUUCAGGAUCCUUAUCGAUUCCGGAUUAAGGAGGAACCCACAGAAAAAAUCACCUCACACACAUUUUACACCAGGGACAUCCGAAGGUUUCCCCGUCCCAUUACCCUCAUAGAUACACCAGGCUUUCAAAAAACGACACCUGAGAUGGACAGAAAGUUGGUGGAAGACAUCCGCGCUUUCAUCCACCAGAAGUACUUGCUGGGCGUCCACGCGGUUGUCUACGUCAUUCCAGGCUCUCAGGGGAGAUUGACGGCAGAACAGAAGACGCUCAUGAGGAACAUGGCCAAAGUCUUUGGAGAUGAGGCUCAGAAGAUCACCUAUUUGUUUUGUACAUUCGCGGACAGCAAACGCCUGCCUGUCUUACAAUCCGUGAAAGAGGCUGGAUUAAGAUACAAGAAGCAUUUCCCUAUUAACAGCUCCUCUUACUUCGCAAAGGAGGAAGAGGAAGAAGAAAUGGAUGGGUAUUGUGUGCUGCCUUGGAAGUUGGGUUUCAUGAUCUUCCUCGUUGCUGUGGACCUCAUCGAUGAAAUUGUGGAGGUGCAGGAAGUAUCCGCCCUGGAAAGGAGAUUAUGUCUGGAGGAGGAUGGUCAUAUGCAGGGAAGAAACGAAUUCAAGGGAAGGGCCUACAUUACGAAGAGAUGGAACAAAGUCCCCGAGAGGCGCUGGAAGACGCAAGACAUCGGGAGGAACGAGCGCGAUUCCUUCCGCCUCUUCCUUCGACUCGUCCCUCUCCUCUACGUGAUGGCCUACGAUUUUCUCUUCGACUACUGUCUCCGGGCGAGCCCGACCGACUCCGUGCCUUCUGCUCUCUGUACUCUUGCCAUGUGUCAUGCGGCUAAUGGCCAACCCUACUCCAGACAGGCAGAGACCAGUCAACUACGUGUAGAGAGAUGCGACGAGCUGGUCCAGCCGAUCACCCGGAGGGCAGCGGUGGAUCGUCGAGGUGAGGCGGGGAGGCGGGGAGGCGUUCCUCAUUCUCGGCUACGCCCUCAGUCCAAGACCUCAGCCUCGAAGUCCGGUGAGGCAUCCAAGUCUCGCAGGUAUCCCGAGGACAGAGAGAAGAAAAAAGAUGGAGAUAGAAAGGAGAAAGAGAUGGUGUUAGAAAAGGGAAGGAUGGAAGAAGAGAAGGGAAAGAAGGAGGUAGAAAAGGGAAGGAAGGAAGAAAAGAAGGAGGAAGAAAAGGGAACGGUGGGAGAAAGUAAGAAGAACGAGAAGAUGAGGCAGGAGACUAAUCCCUACACGAGUUAUACGGCCUCCUUCUACUCAGAGGAUGACUUCAUAGUACAUAUUUUUCGGCAAGAUGAAUCGCCGAAGGAAAUUUGGAAAAGACCCGUACAUCGACUCGGCGACCUGGAGUCGCCGGAGAUUACGAAGAGAUGGCACAAAGUCACCGAGAAGCGCUGGAAGACAGGAGACAUCGGGAAGAAGGAGCGCGAUACCUCCAGCCUCUUCCUUCGACUCUUCCCUCUCCUCUACUUCGUGGCUUACGGUUUUCUCUUCGACUCCUGUCUCCGGGCGAGCCCGACCGACUCCAUGCUUUAUGCUUUCUGUUCUCUUUGUCAUGUGUCAUGCGACUGA